GACUAUCAAGCACUGCUGUCAGUCACACUUCCGUAAUCUGCUUCUCGCCUUCUUGCUCAUUAUCGAGCCCAUAAACUCUAUGAUCGAGCCACAAUAUGUGCUGAAGGACACGAACAUAAAAGCUUACUCAAAAUCAAGACAGAGAAGAGAGUUUGGAGCCAGGCAGAAGUCAUGUUGAGCUGAACGUCUGGAUUGCGUCGGAUAUCGGAACACCUGCCUGCCGCUGCUGCCGCACCGCAGGCACCGUCAGCGCAUCCUCUCGACUGAGUCAGGAUCAGGCACACGCGAGAAAAUAAGAGAAAGUGAACUGGCAACAUGAAGUGGCAGCUCAAUAUUAGUUUGAAGAGGAAGAAGUUAAUAUCUCAGGUCUGCACAAGCAUAUUCUUCCUCUUUGCUGGUAUCGAAUAUGCUGUAAUUCUACCAACUCUCAAUGACUACCUGAAGAAUGAAUUUCAUACCAAGCAGUUCUUCUACGGCAUUGUCCUGUCGGCCUUCUCUCUCUCCGGUGUAUUGGUCGCACCCGUCUAUGGUGUCUGGUAUGACAGGACACACAAAACAAAAAUGAUGAUCAUCUUUGCCAACAUGUGGGAAAUCGCAGGCAACAUUUUGUAUUUCAUUGGAAUUAAUGAAUACUUUGUUCUUGGUGGGAGACUUCUAGCUGGUGUUGGUGCUGGGGUGGGGUCAGCCAUCUUUGCCCACAUCGCCCAGACAACGACAGAAGCGGAGAGGGCAGCAGCCAUUUCUAUUUUAAUGGCAGCACGGCAGCUUGGAUUGCUUUUCGGACCAGGAUUCAAUGUCGCUCUACAGAAAUGUGAUUUCUACAUUGGGUCAUUCCAUGUCAACAAGUACACCUCACCAGGGCUGCUCAUGGCCAUUCUGUGGGGACUGCAGCAGCUGCUCUUCCUGAUCGUAUACUUUGACAUCCCGACCCUGGAGCAACAGAAGAAGAUGGCCGAAGCAGAAGCAACACUCGUUUCCUCGGAGCAACAGGGGGAGCAGUUCAGGGAUUACGCUGCCCUCCCCAACGGCAGCGUCCAGAAUGCUAGCAUUAAUCAGACUGAGGAGGAGGAGGAGGUCAAAGAAAGACUGCUGAAUGGCAAUGGGACUCUAGCCAUCAAUCGAUAUGAGGAAGCAAUGGGCCAACACAAUGUAGUUGCAGAUGCCAUAGGUGGAGGGGGAUCUGGUGAGUACAUCUCGGCCCUCCCCCAAGAUGAAGCCUAUAUGCAACAUGGCGGGGGUGGUGUCAAGGAAGAAGAGGAAGAGAAAGAAAAGCCUCCCAGUUUCUGCUGGUCACUUAAUGAAUGCCUUACAGAGGAGAUUGUUGUUCUUCUAGCUGUACAGUUUGUAUUUUAUUUCAAUCAACCAGGAUUAGAGACUGCUGUGGUGCCUUUAAAUGAGUUAUAUCUCAACUUUAAUGAAAUUGAUAACAGUAUAUUUUACUGUGUGUGCGGAGUUGAGCUCCUAAUUUUCUUCUUGGUUGUGAAGAUAAUGAGCAAGAAGGUUUCCGACAGAAUGAUUCUUCUCAUCGGUCUUGUCAUUGAAACCUUGUCAUUAGGAUUGCUUGCAAUCUUUGUUCCGCGGUCGAUACCAGGUGAUGUAUCCAAGAACUUACCAACGUUUAUCAUAAGCUGUGGAAUACAAGUGUCUGGUUUAGCAUUCUUAGCUGUCUCCAUCAUCUCGCUGUUCUCUAAGGUUGUGCCACAAAAAAUACAGGGUUUUAGUCAAGGUAUCCGCAGAGCUACGGGAGGAUUGGCUACCAUCAUGGGACCGUUGUGGAGUGGAUCCACUGUCUUACAGCCUUUCCUCAUGCUUAUUGUAAUGGUAGUGCUCUUUGUUUUAUCAUUGGUUAUGGUUCUGGCAUCUUGGAAGCGUCUCAAGGCCAAGUCUGAACGCACGGGGGUGGUUUCACCAUCCAAUAUGCUCAACGUAGAGAGUGAAACCGAACCCUUGCUUCCCUCUGAUGACGUACAGGCAUGAGAAAAGAAUAUGAUCAAUUCUUAAUUCGAUUGACGCCAAAACACCUUUAAACGUGGAAACCGAGCCUUUGCUCCGAGUAUGUACCGCAGUUUUUCAUUUAAUCGGCACCUAAAUAUUCAUGCUAUCAACUCUUGACAGCAAUUGAUCUGCACUCGCUUUAUCCUCUCUCUACUGUAUAAGCUGUUAUUUUCGCGUACAUAAUUUUUCUCGAAACGCGGGGCUCCUGACAUUUCGCAGGUAGAUGAAUUCGCGAUUGGAAGAUGUACCAAACACUUCCACAGCAUUUCAGAGAAGCAAUGAUAAUGCAAAAAAUGUGCAAAAACAUGCUCCUCAAAAUCCAUGCUGGCAUGUCUUUUGUACUUGUCCCUGUAAAAAACAAAGUGUGAAAAAGGUGGCUUAUAUUUCAUUUUUCUUUGUGUACCUUUAGAUCUGAAAAUUCAUCAUGUCACAAUCUGAUCUGUAAAAGCAACUUUUGGAAAUUGUGUUUUGUUAGAAUUUUUUUUAAUGUUAAGUGCGAAAUGUUGAAAUCUAUGAACAGAAUUCUUACACCUCAAGAGCCUCAGGUCAUGUGACAUGAAUAUUAAUGAGUAUGCAAAUAGCUGCCAAUGUACCUGUGUCAAGCAUAUGGCAAUAAAAUCAAAUACUAAAUAAACUACAAGCACUUUAUGUUUUAACACUUUACAUUAUAAUUACUAUUACCUUGGUUAUUGUUUCCUGGCAUGCCCUUACUCUAUGAAUGCCCUUUUUCUUUUUUUCAUUGCGUCACUGCCUGGCAUACUAUAGAUUAUGGGUUUUGAGAAGUGCAGGUAUCACAAAUCAUCUAGAUAUGAUAUUCUAAUGAAAAAGCAAAGUAUGAUUAUUGGAAGAGUUAUUAGCAGUACUAACAUGAAAAAUGCACUGUUUCUUGUCAAUUGUUUUAAAAUUUAUGCAAUGUAGUAUAUAUAUAUUUGUAAAAUAACUUGCUUUGAUAGAAUGCUCUACAUGCAUAUAUAUGUUGGUCUAGAGCAUCAGAUGAUGUCAUAAGAGGGUCUUGAUUAUUUUAUUUUUCAUCCGUGUGGACGGAAUAAUUUGUACAAUAAUCUAUGAAAAGCAGUACUACAAGGAGAUAUUGAAAUCUAGAUUAGUGAGACACUACUGAGAUUUAUCCAAGUUAAGCAAGGUAUGAAUAAGUGAUGUGUUAUAAUUGGUACCGUUAUUUGUUUAAUUUGAAUUAUGUUUUACAUUACAGUGUACAUUUCCUUUUGUUGUUUUUAUUUGUGUGGGAAUUAAUGUGGCAAUGUUUGUAUGGUCUUAAAAUUGAUUUAUCUUACUAACAGGUCACAGAAGGGGAGAAAAUUAAUUAAUUUUAUAACGCAUGUAUAUAAAGCUUUUCAAAAGUCUUGUUCAGCAUAAAGUUGUGAAUUAGACACACAGUGAAACUAGGCUAUGCAAAAUGGACUUAAUUCACUGUUGCCGUAGUAUAGGCGUUUCAUGAACUGUAUUUUGGUAUAAAAUAAAAGUAAAAUCCAACAGAUUUAUCGACACAGAUUUCCCAUACGACACACAACAUUAUCUCCUCACUACCCUCGAGAACUUUAUCAUUG